AUGCACUGCCCUCUACGCGACAUCGCCCGGAGCAUCGGCAGAUUCCUCAUUGCUGGCGCGACAAAUUACACGACCGAACGCUCCCUCGAGAAGCAGCGCCUCGCGCAAUCACUCGAACUACCUCACAUCGACAUCAUCGGCACAGCUACUGCUCAGCGUGCCGGCGAUCUCCAGGAACCUCUCGCAAGCGCCGUGCCACCAAGCGCCGAGAUCUUCACUUACUCGAACGCACCGACAGCUCAACUUGCGACACAAUACCCUGCGUACAACGGCACCUUCUGGUCAGGCAACACCAUCAGCCAUGACAGAAGCGACAGCUUGAUCGUGCCGAGCUGGGCUGUUGUGACAUGCUUCGCCAUCGGCUCCAUUCUGUGGUUCGCCGCGAUUGCCUUGUCCGUCGCCUACAAGACACAAUUAGCUAGAGCUCAUAGGCAAUUGGCAGCGGCUGAAGCACGAGCUGCAUCGGCAGAGGUGCGACUCGUGAAGGAACAGACAAGCAACACUCGAGCGCGAAAGCACCUCGAUUCCGUCAAAAAUAACCUCGUUGGCAUCCAGAACAGUCUCGGUUCCGUGGAGAAGAAGCUAGCAUCCACUGAGGGGGCCUUUGAUGAGGUCGUGGCACAGUACGGCGUGGCUGUGACUCAGUUGAGCGACGUCAACCACAGGAUUAAGAACCUGAAGCGCACCGCAGGUGUACUUAGCCAAGAGUCCAUCAACGCAAAUGCGAAGAGUGCCGCGCUCACGGAACAAUUGAGCGCAGUCAACGAGGAGAGACAAAACGACGCCAAGAAGUUCGAACGCAGCCGAAAGCAGCUGGAAGCCCGUCUGGCUCAAGUCAAGUCUGGAAACUCGAGCCUCCGCCAGAAGAUCAAGAACAUCACAGCCAAAGCGACGACCACGGCCUCGAAGAAGGAGCGACGGCUGAAGACAGUGAAGAUUGCUCUUCAGGAAGUCGAAAGUACUCUAGGACGACGAACAGCUGCGUUGCGCAAGCUGAGAUCUCAGUGCCUUCACUUGGAAGAUGCCCACAGACUAUCAGUGGCGAGGCUCAGAGAGGCUGAAGCCGAGAGUCGUGAAGUACACUCGAAGGUCUUGAGAGAACAGAAGAAGGAUGCUGAUAUCAUUCUCGCAAGAGCCCAAGCGACAUCGGCAGAAUUGAUCGAUAAUGUGGAAACGUUAGUCAAAGCCGCAUUGAGCGACAACAAGAGACUGAAGUUCCGCAACGCGAUCUUGAUGCAAGACAAGUCUGGAAUGAUUGCCGAGAUCGAAAGCUGGAAGGGGGUACAGGCGAAGACCAUCCAAGCACAGAAGCUCACCAUCGCCGAUGCUGAGAAGACGGUCGCUGUCCACAAGGACGAGAUCUCGAUGCUUAAUUCUGCGAACGGGCUUCUCUACGAGACGCUGACGAUGUUGGCAGCACAGCAGACAUACUUCAUGUCCGAGAUCGAUGACUUGAAGCAGAAGUGUACUUCGUUGAAGGAGCGCAUCAACGAGCUCGGACAGAAAGAAAACUCAUUACGUGAGAAGCUCAAGGAAGCCGAGCAACAAGUUUGCCACUUCAAGGAUGACCUUCAGGCGGCCAGAACCCAGAUCAAAGCCAGCGAAACAGAGCUGGCGGACCUGGAGAGCGCACAUGAAGAGCAGCUCGCAGAGGCCAAAGACAGCUUGGAGGCUUUUGAAGUGAAGCACAAUGAGGCUGUCAGUGAGCAUGAAGCAUCUGUUCGCCAGCUCAAGGUGUCGCUAGAGUAUCAGGACCAGGAGAUCAAGGGUCUCAGAGAGACCAGCGAGAGUGAGAAAGCGACACUGCAGAAAGUGGAGGCCGAGAUACGGGAGGCCAACGCCAGAGUUGAACAGGCGCAGUCGCGCGCUGAUGCACUGGAGCAAGAUAAUGCUUUACUUCAAGCGCAGCUCUCUUCGAAGCCCACAGGAUCUGUGUGGCACCCAGUCGAGGCCAAGGCCGAGCGAUUGGGAGCAGAGUACAGGAACAUUGGGUCGUUCGAGACAUCACGGCAGACACUACAUUCUACUCACGGCAAUGACGUCUCCGCUUUGCGAGAGACAGCCGACGAUAGAAAGAGCUACUGCCAACCGGCACAGCCCAUGACGACAGAACCCCCAGGAACGGGCGCUCAAGCGAUCUCAUCAAUCACACCAGCUGGUGCGGGCUCGACUUGGAAUCCCAAGGCCAGACCCUUCGAGUUCCCAGGCAAAGUUGACUCGAUCAGCCCGAACCAUCCGAACGUACAACCUUUACCCAUUGCAGGCGUCGAAUCGCGUGGAGAGGCUGACUCGGAUACGGAAGAAUUGACGAUUGGGCCGAACGAUGAGCCGCAAGGAAAGAAGAAGCGGAAGCAGAGAGGCAAGAAGAGAAAGGAUGGAGUCGAUGGAGGGAAGUUUCGAUCAGACUGGCGCAAGCGCCAAUCGACUAUUGACGGUGCGUGGUAUCGUAAGAAAGAAGUCGAUAACGGUGACACGAUGUACUGCUGGCACGACCCACGGUGCUUGGCCCAUCAGGGCACAAAUGGCACCUGCACGGGCGAGGAUCCGCACACCAGAGGAGAUCGAAUCCGGGCAGGCGUGCCAAGGAUGCCUGCGCAUGGCUUACCGAUUGGGACAUGCUGGUGCCAUUGA